ACUUUCAAAACAAAAAAGAAAGAUGUUUACUAUUACCGUACUGCUGGGGAUUCUCUUUACUAAAGCAUCAGGUUACGCAUUCCAUGAAAGUCUCCAAGGGUCAUUUUAUCCAGGCGGAAAAUACGAAGUGGAAGAAAAAGUUGGCCCCAACGAGUAUCACUACAGCAAUCCUGGCUAUGGAAGCGGAGGCGGAUCUGGCGGUUCUGGUCCAACUGAAUUUCACCUGAGUCAGUCGUUCCCAGAAUCCAACGUGCAAACCAAUGAACGGGUAUCUUAUGGAGAAGAACCUAACAAUCAACAAUAUUCUUAUCAACAAUCUUACAAUCCACAAUCUUACAACCAAAAAUCAAAUCAACAAUCUUACUAUCCACAAUCUUACAACCAACAAUCAUAUCAACAAUCUUACUAUCCACAAUCUUAUCAACAAUCUCGCUAUCCACAAUCGUACUACCAACAAUCUUACUACCCACAAUCUUACUACCCACAAUCUUACUACCCACAAUCUUACUACCCACAAUCUUAUUACCAACAAUCCUAUUAUCCACAAUCUUAUUAUCAAUAUUAUCCUGCUGCUGCUCCUGUCGGUCGUGCGCAACUAUUUCGCCCAUCAAGUGAAAGUACUCCAGCUUCUAGUGUGUCUACUCCUGCUUCUAGUACUGGAGGUUCCACAGGUGGUUCCUCGCCAGCAUCUACUACAGGUGGCUCUACUCCGGCCUCAACAGCAGGUGGUUCAACGACACCAGGCUCGACUACCGGUGGUUCAACGACACCAGGCUCGACUACCGGUGGUUCAACGACACCAGGCUCGACUACUGGUGGAUCAACACCACCAGGCUCGACUACUGGUGGAUCAACACCACCAGGCUCGACUACAGGUGGAUCAACGACACCAGGCUCGACUACUGGUGGAUCAACACCACCAGGCUCGACUACAGGUGGAUCAACGACACCAGGCUCGACUACUGGUGGAUCAACAAGUAGUGGUGGUUCUACUACACCUGCGUCUACCCCAGGAUCAACAAUUGGCUCGACUUCUGGCUCAACUCUUGGCUCGACAUAUGGAUCAACUACUGGCUCGACUUCUGGAUCAACUGUUGGAUCGACUUCUGGAUCAACUACUGGAUCGACUUCUGGAUCAACUACUGGAUCGACUUCUGGAUCAACUACUGGAUCGACUUCUGGAUCAACUACUGGAUCGACUUCUGGAUCAACUACUGGAUCAACUUUUGCAUCAACUACUGGAUCGACUUCUGGAUCAACUACUGGAUCGACUUCUGGAUCAACUACUGGAUCGACUUCUGGAUCAACUACUGGAUCAACAGCUGGUUCUACAACUGGGUCAACUGCAUCAACAGGAGGAUCCACAACAUAAAAAUUACAACAUUUUUUAAGAAACAAGUUAUUUAUAAAACAGCCAAUUUACGAAACUUCCACUUGAUUUUAAUGGCACUUGGAAUGGAUUGUACUUUAAAAUGUGCAAAUGUCUUUUAGACGAUCAAAAAUUUUAUUCAAAUAAUUCCAGUUGCUGCGAUUUAUUUUGAAAGUCACACUUUUAUCUCCAGUUCAUAAAGUACAAAUAUAAU